CAUCUUUUGAAGGACCACUGAUGAUAAAACAUGAAGAUUAUGGAGAAAUGUUACUGAAAACGAGUUGAGUGAUUGAUUGAUUGAUCUGUGUUCAGUGUCAGUUUAUCUGAGCGAGGAAAGGACUCUCUCUCUAAGAUGAGUCUCUCAGAGAAACACAGAGUAAGAUCAGACUCACAUGUGUCCAGCUCUGUGUCUCUGAAGAGUGACCAGUCAAAAGAUGGAUUUCCACCAAACUUCAGUGAGAGAAAACCAUCAUCUGAUAAAAGGCUUCAGUAUGAGACAUUAGACUCAGAUGUUCAGACUCACAGGAAACACAAGAGUUUCAAAGACAAUCUCCUGUGGAUCUUCCAAGAUCUUGAGAGCAAAUUAAUCACAUUUCUGAAGAAAGAGCUGGAAAAGUUUAAGAAAAUAUUACAAAAUGAGAACACAGAAUUCUUUGUGAAGGACUUUAAUGAGAAUGGAUGCAGUACCAAAGCAGCAGCUCUUGAUCUCACACUACAUUACCUGAGAGAGAUGAAGCAAGAUGAAGCUGCUGAUGCUCUAGAAGAUGAGCUGUUCUUCAUUCAUCAGCUCAAAUGUGGCCUAAAGAAGAAGUAUCAAUGUGUGUUUGAAGGAAUUGCGAAGCAAGGUGACUCCACACUUCUGAAUAACAUCUACACAGAUCUCUAUAUCACUCAGGGUGGCAGUGAACAGGUCAAUACUGAACAUGAGGUCAGACAGAUUGAAGUUUCUGCAAGGCAUCAUGAAUCUCAAGAGAUACAGGUUCAAUGCAGAAAUUUGUUUGAAGCCCCUGAACAAGACGAGGAGAUCCGAACUGUACUGACAAAAGGAGUCGCUGGCAUCGGAAAAUCAGUCUCUGUGCAAAAGUUUGUUCUGGACUGGGCUGAUGGAAAAGAAAAUCAAGAUAUCAGUUUCAUAUUUCCUCUUCCAUUUAGAGAGAUGAACUUAAAGGAGAAAGAAAAACUAAGUUUGAUGGACCUUAUAACUCAGUUUUUCCCAGAGACAAAAGGACUGAACCUUACAAGAAGGAAUCAAUUCAAAGUCCUGUUCAUCCUUGAUGGAUUGGACGAAUGUCGCCUUCCUCUGAAGUUUGAUCGUAAUGAGACGUGGCGUGAUGUAUCGUCACCAGCCUCUCUGGAUGUUCUCCUAACGAACCUCAUGAAGGGAAAUCUGCUUCCUUCUGCUCUCAUCUGGAUCACCACCAGACCAGCAGCUGCCAGUAAGAUUCCUCCUGACUGUAUCGACCGGCUGACAGAGAUACGAGGAUUCAAUAACUCACAAAAGGAAGAGUACUUCAAAAAAAGAUUCACAGAUCAGAAUCAGGCCAACACAAUCAUUGAUCAUGUUAAAAAAUCAAAGAGUCUCUUUAUCAUGUGCCACAUCCCAGUCUUCUGCUGGAUUUCAGCCACUGUUCUCCAGAACAUUCUGGAGGAGAAAAGAAAUAAUGAUGUGAAAAUCAAUCCGGCUGAUGAGAUCUCUAAAACACAGCAGGAAUCAAACAAUGAAGACACUCCCAAGACUCUGACACAGAUGUACACACACUUUCUCCGCUUUCAGAUCCAGCACAGCCGCCGAAAGUAUGAUGGAGAAUACACACCAGAUGUUUCCUGGGAUAAAGACGCCAUCCUUUCACUGGGAAAACUGGCAUUUGAUCAGCUGGAAAGAAACAACGUGAUCUUCUAUGACACAGACCUGGAAGCCUGUGGUAUUGACGUCUAUAAGGCAUCAGUGUACUCAGGCAUGUGUACCCAGAUCUUUAAGGAGGAAACGGGGAUCACUCUUGGUACCAUGUACUGCUUUGUUCACUUGAGCAUUCAAGAGUUUAUUGCAGCCCUUUAUGCACAUCUGUUUCUAGACAUCAACAAGAGAAUUAUGUUUGUUCAUGAGUCUACAGAACAGGAAAACAAAAAUGAAACUCUGAUUGAUCUUCUCAAGACUGCAGUGGACAAGGCGCUCGAGAGUGACAAUGGACACCUGGACCUUUUCCUUCGCUUCCUCCUCGGUCUGUCACUUCAGUCCAAUCGACGACUCGUACGAGGUCUGUUGACACAGCAAGAUGCCAAUGACCAGAGCACCAAGGAAAUAGUUCAGUAUAUCAAGCAGAAACUAGAAGAUAAUCUACCUGCAGAGAGAUCCAUCAAUCUGUUCUACUGUCUGAAUGAACUGAACGACCAAACUCUGGUGAAGGAGAUCCAGACCCAGCUUAACAAACGAAGUCUCUCAUCUGGUGACCUUUCACCUGCCCAGUGGUCUGCUUUGGUCUUUGUGUUGUUGACAUCAGAGGAAGAGCUGGAGCAGUUUGAGCUUCAGAAAUUCAAGAAAUCAGACGAGUGUCUCAUUAGAUUAUCAGCAGUCAUCAAAACCUCUAGAAGAGCUCUGUUAAAUGAUUGUAACUUAACAGACAAAAGCUGUUCAGCUCUGGCUGCAGUCCUUGGAUCAGAAACCAAUCUGAAAGAGCUGAACAUGAACAAUAAUAAUCUGCAGGAUUCAGGAGUGAAGCUGCUCUGCACUGGACUGAAGAAUAUAAAGUGUAAACUGGAGAUACUGAGACUCUCUAACUGCAGUGUAACAGAAGAAGGUUAUAAAGCUCUGGCUUCAGCUCUGAGAUCAAACCCUUCACACCUGAUAGAGCUGGAUCUCACAGGAAAUGAUCCUGGAGAAUCAGGAAUGAAGGAGCUCAAUGAUUUACUACAGAAUCCAAACUGUCAACUGAAGACACUGAGGUUUUUGAGUCCUGCUGCAGAUGAAGCCUGUCAGUAUGUGAAGAGAGUUGUGGGUAAAAACCUGUUACUCCUGAGACAGCUGAAUCUAAGUGGACGUGAACUAGGAGACACAGGAGUGAAUCAGAUCGCUGCUCUACUGCAGGAUAAACACUGUCAAUUCAACACACUGAUUCUGAAUAGAUCCAGUAUUACAGAGAAACAGUGUGUCAUCUUGACUUCAGCUCUGAAAUCAAACCCGUCACACCUGAGAGAGCUGAACCUGAGUGAGAAUAAACUAGGAGACUCUGGAGUGAAGCACUUAUGUGACGUACUGAAGGAUUCACACUGUAAACUGGACAGAUUGAGGUUAAGUGACUGUGAUAUGACAGAUGAAGGUUGUUCUGAUGUGACUUCAGCUCUGAACUCAAACCCGUCACACCUGAGAGAGCUGAACCUGAGCUGGAAUGAACUAGGAGACUCUGGAGUGAAAAAUCUCAGUGAUCUACUGAUGAACCCACAAUUCAAGCUGGUGAAACUAGAUCUGAGUGUUUGCAGUAUUACGGAGAAACAUUGUGUCAUCCUGACUUCAGCUCUGAAAUCAAACCCGUCACACCUGAGAGAGCUGGACGUGAACGGGAAUAAACUAGGAAACACAGGAGUGAAGCACUUAUGUGACGUACUGAAGGAUUCACACUGUAAACUGGAGAGAUUGAGGUUAAGUGACUGUGAUAUGACAGUUGAAGGUUGUUCUGAUGUGACUUCAUCUCUGAAAUCAAACCCGUCACACCUGAGAGAGCUGAACCUGAGCAUGAAUAAACCAGGAGACUCUGGAGUGAAAAACCUCAGUGAUCUACUGAUGAACCCACAAUUCAAGCUGGAGAAACUACAUCUGAGUAACUGCAGUAUUACAGAGAAACAGUGUGUCAUCCUGACUUCAGCUCUGAAAUCAAACCUGUCACACCUGAGAGAGCUGAACCUGAGUGGGAAUAAUCUAGGAAAUACAGGAGUGAAGCACCUAUAUGACGUACUGAAGGAUUCACACUGUAAACUGGAGAGAUUGAGUCUACAGAACUGUGGCAUUACAGAUGUUUCUUCUUUAACUCAGUCUUUGACUAACUCAAAAGCACUGCAGUUCUUAAAAGAUCUUGAUCUGAGACACAAUACGAUAGAAGACACAAAGCAGCGGCUCCGUGACGUGCUACGAGACUCAAACUGUGUCCUGAGAUGAAGAUCUGUGAAAUCAUCAUGAGAGGAUCAGAAAUCAUCAGGUGAUCCACAGAAGAGUCUCUACUGUGUCUAUGAGGAGAAAUAAAUGUGUAAUUAAUGUGUAAA